UCCCGGAAGGAGGGGUGAGCGCGAAGCGUUAUGGCGACGAGGACAACGAUAACGACGACAGCGGAGCCAGAGAGUGGGGAGGGCGCUCAAGAGAUGAUGGAGGUUGAUAAAAGAAUUGAAUCAGAAGAAUCUGGAGAUGAUGAAGGGAAGAAACAAGCAGUUUGCAUAGUAACAGACCUCAGUCAACAAAGUCUAAGAGAAGAGCAGAAUGGAGAGAAUUUAACAAGUGAUUCAGAGAUUCCAGUGGAUAUGGAAACUAUUAGCCUGGAUCCAGAGGCCGAGGAUGUUGAUCUGAAUCAUUUCCGAAUUGGCAAAAUAGAAGGGUUUGAGGUGCUCAAGAAAGUGAAGACACUUUGUCUUCGGCAGAACUUGAUUAAGUGCAUUGAGAAUCUGGAACAGCUGCAAACUCUCAAAGAGUUGGAUCUUUAUGACAAUCAGAUUUGUGCGAUUGAGAACUUAGAGGCCUUGACAGGUCUUGAGAUAUUAGAUAUUUCAUUUAAUAUUUUACGACAUAUUGACGGCUUGGAUCAGCUCAUUCAGUUAAAGAAACUUUUCCUAGUCAACAAAAUCAACAAAAUUGAGAACCUAAGCAACUUACAACAGUUGCAGAUGUUAGAACUAGGAUCUAAUCGAAUCAGGGCAAUUCAGAAUAUUGAUACCCUGACUAACCUGGAUAGCCUAUUUCUGGGGAAGAACAAAAUCACUAAGUUGCAGAACCUGGAUGCAUUGACAAACUUGACAGUGCUUAGCAUACAGAGCAAUCGGUUAACAAAGAUUGAAGGACUACAGAAUCUGGUAAAUCUGCGAGAACUGUACCUUAGCCAUAAUGGUAUAGAGGUCAUUGAGGGCCUGGAGAAUAACAAUAAACUUACAAUGCUGGACAUUGCAGCCAAUAGGAUCAAAAAGAUUGAAAAUAUUACCCAUCUAACAGAACUCCAGGAAUUUUGGAUGAAUGAUAAUUUCAUUGAAUGCUGGAGUGAUUUGGAUGAGCUGAAAGGAGCCAAGAAGUUGGAAACAGUCUAUCUAGAGCGAAACCCUCUCCAGAAGGAUCCCCAGUACCGUCGCAAAAUCAUGCUGGCUCUUCCAUCUGUCCGGCAGAUAGAUGCUACCUUUGUCCGAUUCUGAACCUUCCCUGGCCCUUUGCCUUUGCCUUUCUUCCUCUCAGAGUGUCACAACUGGGAUUUUUAUCCACAUACUGUACCCUCUGUCUUCAGCCUGCUGACACUUACACAGCGAAUGGCCAACCAGAAGCACUGAUAUCAGACCUUGUAUACAAUGCACACACUAUUGUUGUUUUUGAAUAUUGUUGUUAUGAUUAUUAUUAUUAUUAUUAAACCCUAACGUGUGAAAUCUCCUGGUCAUAAUGGUGUCUGUCUGAAUUAGGCAAACUAUCAAAUAAUUGGUCCUCUAAAUGUUUUCAGUGCUCUGACAGGCAGCUUAGAACUAAAAUAGCCUCUGACAGGGGUUAAUGUAUUGAAACAUAUUACUUUCAUUUUUUUCUUAAAAUGAACAUAGAAAACUUAGAAUCAUCCAGUGAACACGGAAGCAAUUGGAUGUAUAGAAUAAAUUGCAUUAUGUUGCCGAGUUAUUUGCUUUCACCUAUGUACAUUUUCUCCACCAUGUAAUUGACUUCCUCUUUUCAGUGUACACAUCCUUGUGUUUCUCACUAUACAAAGAUUGAUAUAUUCAAUAUGCCUUUAUUUACUUUUCUGAUUGCCUGCUCUGCAAAGCUUUAUGCUUUUGACAUGCUAUUCUAUACAUUAUUUCUGUUCUGCAAAAGAUGGUAGAGCAAGCUUUAUAAUCAAUAUGAAAUGAAUUUCAAACACUAAUUAUUAACAGAAGAAGACACAAUCCUAUAAAUGAUUGAUUUGGUCCUAAACCAGUCAAAUAACUACAGGUGGUAGAAUGGUAUAAGUGAAUAUAAGUGUAUUUGGGUGUCAACAGUUCCUGAUAGGCAAAAAAAACAGUGUUGAUUACAGGAGUAACUGAAUUUUGCAGCCAAGGGUUGAAGACAUGGUUUGUUUUCACAGGGGCCCUUUAGGCUUGUCAUUGCCUUGGAAAGAUGCUGGCAGUAAAGGUGUAUGAUUCCCUCUUAAAUAUUCACAUGAUAAAUCUGAAAAAACCACAAGUAGUCAAA